UUAUUUCUAUGACAAUAACAGUCUUUUGUUUAAAAUUAAACAGAUAAGGUGUCAGUUUCAAAUUAAACCGUGUUAACAUUUUAUAUCUGGCAUAUCAAUACAUCCAUUUUUCCAACUAGAAUAUAUCAAUUGCCGCUCCCGCCAAGAUAAUUUCAAAUACCUUGUAAUAGGUUAGGUUGAAAAAACUUUUCAAGUGACCUGUUCAGUUAAGAAAAAAUGAAUAAAACAGGCCAAUCCAAAGUGAAAUAUUGCAUACAAUUGGAAAAACAUCCUAUUCAUACAACUCUAGGUCUUUGUUCAUUAAUGGAACAUCAAAGCCUGGUAGAUAUUGCUAUAUGUUGUGGAAGCAGUAUUUUGCACGCGCAUAAAAUUGUUUUAGCGGCAAGUAGUUCCCUAUUUCGGGAGGAACUGGAAAGAAACCCUGGUAUUGAACAAGUGAUUAUUGCGGGUUGCGAUUUUGCAGUGGUUAGAUCUCUGAUUGAAUUCAUGUAUUGUGGAGAAACUCUGAUAAAUGAAGAUCUGUUGAAAUAUCUGGUGGCAGCUGCAAGGCUAUUUCAAAUGAAGAGUUUGGAAAAUCUUUCGAUGGAAUUUCCGUUUGCAGGUGAACUCAUAGUACUGCCAAAACCCCAGUUCCUUUCGAAAAAACCGAAGUAUCCCGCCUACCCCUUCAUCGCGAACCCUUCACAGGCCAUCGCUACGAAACCGAGCAGCUUCAACACUACCUACAAGCCUCAUAAAGUGAAAAGAAAGUUCCGCCUAGAGGCCGAGCACCAGGCUUGCGUGAAAGAAGCUCAGGCGAGCAGAUUGGCCAUUGCCAACUUGAAGAAAGAAAUAGCUUCGGCACCGCAAGCGAAUACGUUCAUUAUAGAGGAGACUUGCAUGGAAACCACUGUGGAGAAUUUUAUUCCUCAUCACACCAACUUCAGUUUCGUCGACGUUGACUUGAAUACAGUGCUCAACGGCUCCGAGUACUCUGAUCCGGGGAAGUCCAACAUCAUCCAACUGACUUUGCAGAACGGCUUCCAGGGCUUGACGGCGGAUAAGAUCAAGAAUAUUUUGGGCAACGAGGCCAAUUCGAACGUAGAGAUCAUGUUCAAGACCAACGACGGGAAUUUCGUCACCGUGACCGACGAGGUACUGCAAAAUUUGCAAAAAGACGGUCUUCAAUACCAGGAAUUUUUUACUAUAUUGCUUCUAGUAACAACCCAAAUUCAACAUUGUUUCACUUCUGAGCGAUGGAAUAAGAUAGAAAACUUGAUGGAUUAUGAUGAUAACGAAACGAAGAAAGUUGAAGAUAUUAGUCGAAGCAAUAUUGCCAGAGUUAUUCCGAAAUUUUUUAAGAAAAUGUACCCAAUGGUUAAUGAUUUUUUGAAAACGAAAUCCCGACCAUUAUCUGAGACUCCAACCAUCAUGGGAAAAUGCUCUUGUGAUUUGGAUUUCCAACCAGUUGACUUAGGAAGAUUUUAUUUUCCGAGAUUUAUCCAAACUGGAUCCUGUCAAGCUGACUCCUGCGAAAGACACUACAGUUGCAUCGAGAGGAAAUAUGUCGUUCAGGUACUUAAAUACAAAGAUCCAAAAACCGUUGACGAAACCUCCUCUGUGACUCUUCCGAAACUACUGAGAGAUUCUUGGAUAUCAGAAAGUGUUCCUGUUACUGUAGCAUGUGACUGUGUCAGAGAGUUCAAAUGAUGUAACAGGGUAACACGAAGAAAAGUUAUUAUUGUAUAUACGAGAGGGAAUAUUUUGCGUCUAGAUGACCAAAAUUGUAAUUUGACUGUAUCAUAAAACUAAUAAAUGUUCCAAAAAAUAUUAACUUCUUCUGA